GUACGAUAGAAUUCUGUAAUGCUUUCGAUGCCGAAAAAGAACAAUCUAGUAAAUGACUAAAAACAGAAUUACAGAGAAGGUGUUGGCUGCGAAACACUUGACAAAGCAUGUCAGGUCCAAAACAAAACACAUAACGGACUAAUCUUUCCAUCCCAAACCCCAUGUGGAUGCUGCAAAACUUGUUUAACGAACUUGAUGGAGGGCGACGAUUGUUCAAUUGGUCUACCGGGUGCACCACUGCCAAAUUCAAUUUGUGGUGAUGGACUUUAUUGCUCAUUGAAAAAUGGCAAUUACUUCCCAACAUGUGAGCCAAUGUUAGAAACAAGCGAGUGUUUUCGGAUGAGAAGAGAAUUUGACAAUAAUUUGGGGAAAGGUUCUAUUGGACACCUACAACAAGCUCCAUUGUGUGAUGGAGAUGGUGAUUUCUCUCCAUUAAUUUGUAUUCCUGGACAAACCUGUUUUUGCGUCAACAAACGUGGAGAAAGAAUUUUCGGUGAUGGACUUUAUAGAAAGAAUAUUCAUCAAAUAAUGCAAUGCGAGUGCUCGCGUCUCAAUGAUAAAUUGAAGGAAUUAGUUGAGCAGAGUUUUCCAUUUUUUUCAACUCGCUGUCAAAGCGAUGGAUCAUUCGAUCCAGUCCAGUGCUUUGGUGAUUUAUGCGUCUGUGUCGAUGAGCGAAGUGGAUCUCCUACAUCAGACACGAAAAAUUUGACCGUGGGAUUAAGUGAAUUACCAUGUUACGAUGAAAAAAUUCACCAUGAUGAAUUCAAUUAUGCUCGUCCAUGCGAAAAUAUAAAACUUGGAUUAAUUAACAUGAUUUUUGAAGUCGAGCGAGAAGGAUUUAUCGAUGUGGAAGUGCUGGUUGAUAUUUGUGAUCUGGAUGGUUCCUACGCUCCAGUUCAAAAAAACGAUUUGUCACUUUUCUGUGCAGACAAAAAUGGGGAAAGAAUUGAAGAGUUUUCAGUUUCAAAAGACUCGCCAGACGCUGACAGUAUGAAUUGUAAAUGUGCACGUGCUCGAAAAUUGCUGACCGACAAUAAUUAUCUUGAAAUACCGGAGUGUUGCUCGAAUGGAAAUUAUAAAAAGCUCGCAUGUCGUAGGGGUUUCUGCUUUUGCGUUGACGAAGACGGUAAACAAGUGUCAGUGGAAGUAAUUGAUAUUCAUAAAACCAAAUUACCAUGCUCAGAAAAUGAAUGUAACUAG